GGGGGCUCCUUUGUGUUUCACGGCGGGACCACGCCCCUUUCCCCAGGAACGACCCACUCGUCUGUUCCCCAUUCCCGACCCCAUGGAGGGUUUUGCAGAACAGGUGUCAGGGGAGGAACACAGUCCAAGGUCCUUUUACUCUCGGAGGAUGGGCAGAUCCUGGCAGAAGCGGAUGGACUCAGCACAAACCACUGGCUGAUCGGGACAGACAAGUGUGUGGAGAGGAUCAACGAGAUGGUGAGCAGGGCCAAGCAGAAAGCAGGAGUGGAUCCUCUGGUGCCUCUACGAAGCUUGGGCCUAUCCCUGAGCGGUGGGGAGCAGGAGGACGCGGUGAGGAUCCUGAUGGAGGAGCUGAGGGACCGAUUUCCCUACCUGAGCGAAAGCUACGUAAUCACCACCGAUGCCGCUGGCUCCAUUGCCACAGCUACGCCGGAUGGUGGGAUCGUGCUCAUCUCUGGGACAGGCUCCAACUGCAGGCUCAUCAACCCAGAUGGCUCUGAGAGUGGCUGCGGCGGCUGGGGCCACAUGAUGGGGGACGAGGGCUCAGCCUACUGGAUUGCACACCAGGCAGUGAAAAUAGUGUUCGACUCCAUCGACAACCUGGAGGCAGCUCCUCAUGACAUUGGCUACGUCAAACAGGCCAUGUUCAGCUACUUCCAGGUGCCAGACCGGCUAGGAAUCCUCGUACACCUGUAUAGGGACUUUGAUAAAUCCAGGUUUGCUGGGUUUUGCCGGAAAAUUGCAGAAGGUGCUCAGCAGGGAGACCCCCUCUCCCGGUACAUCUUCAGGAAGGCUGGGGAGAUGCUGGGCAGGCACGUCGUGGCGGUGUUGCCUGAGAUUGACCCGGUCUUGUUCAAAGGGGAGAUUGGCCUCCCCAUCCUGUGCGUGGGCUCUGUGUGGAAGAGCUGGGAGCUGCUGAAGGAAGGUUUCCUGUUGGCGCUGACCCAGGGCAGAGAGAUCCAGGCUCAGAACUCCUUCUCCAGCUUCACCCUGAUGAAGCUCAAUCACUCCUCUGCCCUGGGCGGGGCCAGCCUAGGGGCCAGGCACAUCGGGCACCUCCUCCCCUUGGACUACAGUGUCAAUGCCGUUGCCUUCUACUCUUAUACCUUCUCCUAGGGGACUGGCCCUGGCUCCACCCCCGCCGUGGCCAGUGGACAAUGGGUGCUGGGAGGGAGGGGGAUUCUUUUUCCUUUUCCUUUUUUUUUUUUUCCAAAGUAAAAACAGAGAGAAAAUAAAUGCACUUUACCCACUACCCA